UCUUCUUCCCUCCCAGGUGGAGAGUUAAAAGGUCGGAAAGGUUACCAGGUGGCGAUGUUCUCUGCACCUUCAUAGUCCUAUAAGGUCUUGGCCCUUUGCAUUUGUAACCACCAACUGCUCUGCUGCACUGAGGCCUCAAACACAGGUGUCUUUCCUAUGGCCAGGGUACCAUGUGCAGUGUCCAUGCUGCUAAUGCUGGCGCUCUGCUCCCCAGCGGUGUCUUCAGCCCCCGUCCAGCACCUGUGUGGUUCCCACCUGGUGGACACCCUCUACUUCGUAUGCGGAGAGCGGGGCUUUUUCUACAGUCCGAACCGGCCCCAGAAGCGGGAUCUGGAACAUAUGCUCGGGUUCCUGUCUAAAAGGGCCAGACAGGAACAGCGGAUGUGGAAGGCCCUUUCUGGCCGCGAGAAGCCCAAGGUGAAGCGUGGCAUCGUGGAGCAGUGCUGCCAUCAGCCGUGCAGCAUUUACCACCUGGAGGGCUACUGCGACUGACUCAUCGUCACUCUACGACUAGCAACACUCAUAGCUUGUAAAAAAGUCAAUUUCUGGCCCAAUAACUUGCUGGCUAUGUCUUAUCAAGUGAAGGAAAUAAAGCUUCAUGACCCAUA